CAGAAAUGUUCGCCUUGUUUGGUUCCACUUCCAUACCCAAAACCCUUCCUCUAACUUGUAGGCUUUGUGUCCUACACUCUCCUCCUCUGCUUCUUCUAUAUAUACCACACCCAAUUCCUCACUUCCCAUUCAUUCCUUCCCCCUCCACCACACAACCCAAAACCCACAAACAACAAUGGCAUCAUCAUCCCCCACAUUACCCUCCACCUUCAUUCUCCUCUCUCUCCUCCUCCUCCUCCUCCUCCCUGCCCUCAUUUCCUCCUCCCCUGUCCACGACCCCGACCUCGUCGUACAAGAAGUACACCGGGCAAUAAAUGCGUCGAGGAGGAUGCUAGGGUACCUGUCCUGCGGAACAGGGAACCCAAUCGACGACUGCUGGCGUUGCGACCCAAACUGGGAGAAGAACCGGCAGCGCCUCGCCGACUGCGCCAUCGGGUUCGGCAAAAACGCCAUCGGCGGCAGGGACGGGAAAAUCUACGUGGUCACCGACCCGAGCGACAACGACGCCGUGAACCCGAGACCGGGGACGCUCCGCCACGCCGUGAUCCAAGACGAGCCGCUGUGGAUCAUCUUCCAGCGCGACAUGACCAUCCGGCUGAAAGAGGAGCUGAUCAUGAACUCGUUCAAGACCAUCGACGGCCGCGGGGCCAGCGUCCACGUGUCCGGCGGGCCGUGCAUCACGGUCCAGUACGUCACCAACAUCAUCAUCCACGGGAUCCACAUCCACGACUGCAAGCAAGGGGGGAACGCUAACGUGCGGGACUCCCCACGGCACUACGGGUGGAGGACCGUGUCGGACGGCGACGGCGUGUCGAUCUUCGGCGGGAGCCACGUGUGGGUGGACCACUGCUCCCUGUCCAACUGCAACGACGGGCUGAUCGACGCCAUCCACGGGUCCACGGCGAUCACCAUUUCGAACAAUUACAUGACCCACCACGACAAAGUCAUGUUGUUGGGCCACAGCGACAGCUAUACUCAGGACAAGAACAUGCAGGUCACAAUUGCGUUUAAUCACUUUGGCGAAGGUCUCGUUCAGAGAAUGCCUAGGUAACAAAAAUUAUUAUACAUGAAUUAAUCAAGUAGAAUUAAUUAAUUGUAAUUAUGGUUUAAUUAAUGUUGGGUUUUGGGAGCAGGUGUAGGCACGGGUACUUCCACGUGGUGAACAAUGACUACACACAUUGGGAAAUGUACGCCAUUGGAGGGAGUGCUAAUCCGACCAUCAACAGCCAAGGCAACCGAUUCGUUGCUCCUAAUAAUAGGUUCAGCAAAGAGGUGACGAAAUACGAGGAUGCGCCGGAGAGCGAGUGGAAGAAUUGGCAUUGGAGGUCGGAAGGGGAUUUGAUGUUGAACGGGGCGUUCUUUACGACGUCGGGGGCAGGGGCGUCGUCGAGCUAUUCCAGGGCGUCGAGCUUAGGAGCAAAGCCAUCGUCACUUGUGGGUUCGAUCACGGUGGGAGCUGGUGCGCUGACUUGCCGAAAAGGGUCGCGUUGCUAGCCCGAUGGUCAAGAAUUCUAAGAUAGAUGGAUGGAUGGAUGAUACGUAUACAUGAAUUAAUUGGGCCUCCAAAGUUGGGGGACCUUAUUUACUAGUUAGAAAAAGUGUGUGGGGUAAGGAAGGACCGGAAGGAAGGAAGGAGGGAAGGACUAAUUAUGAAGAAAUGGAGAAAAAGGAGGUCUGGAACAGUAAUUUUACAGCUUGGGGUUGGAGGGGGAUUUAUGAUGAAUGUGGUGGUGGGGAGUUGAAGGGGAUGAAAAGUCUUACCCUCUUCACAAGUAUUGUCGUUUGGUUUGUUCUUUUUUGGUUUAUUUUUAUUUUUGGGCCGGCUCGUUAAGCAGUUUGAUGUAACAACCUCGGCUUGUUAAUCUUAGGAUCCAUCCGAUCAAAAGGAUUCUGUUGUGAGGAAUCAGAAAUUGGAUAGAUUUCUAGGAAGAUUAUUGGAAAAAAGAACAAGUUUAGAAGUGUUGAUAUAUGUGUAAAGUAUAUGUUUAUAAAUUAAAUGUAGUGUUUUCUGAUCCUCCAUCUGCUA